UGGUGUUCGGGGGCUGGAAGAUUGGCAGGGCAGGGCUAGGCGAGGCUGAGGGCCGGGGCCCGGCGUGGCUGGGGGAGGCGGGGCUCGCCUCUCUUCGUCACUUAGUGCAAAGCCUGGGAGUCUCAGGAGAACAACGGGCUCAUUCAGCGGGUGGCAGCAAGGGGCGCGCCCGCCGGAGUCGGGCGAAGGGCACAGAGCAGCAGCAGCAGGUUCCCGCUCGGUCGCAGGCCGGAGCCGUGGGAGCAGAUGGCCCCCGGGCAGACGCUCCUCUACCUGUCCCUCUUCCCCUGGCUCGCUGCCGCCUUCAACCUGGACACGGACAACGUGAUCCUGCGGAAAGGGGAGCGGGGGAGUCUGUUCGGCUUCUCCCUGGCCAUGCACUGGCAGCUACAGCCGGAGGACAAGAGACUAUUGCUGGUUGGAGCACCUCGGGAGAGAGCCUUUCCAUCCCAGCAAGCCAACAGAACUGGAGGGUUGUAUAGCUGUGACAUUACAUCCCCAGAGACGCAUUGCACACGUGUCCUCUUUGAUGACAACGCUGAUCCAGCAACGGAGAGUAAAGAAGACCAGUGGAUGGGUGUAACUGUCCAAAGUCAGGGGCCAGGAGGAAAGGUGGUGACAUGUGCACAUCGCUAUGAGAAAAGGCAAUAUGUAAACACAGUUCAAGAAUCUCGUGAUAUCAUUGGAAGGUGCUACCUGCUGAGUCAGGAUCUCACUAUUAAAGAUCCUAAGGAUGAUGAGUCUGCUAUGGAUGGUGGAGAGUGGAGUUUUUGUGAUGGCCGACUGAGGGGCCAUGAGAAAUUUGGUUCAUGUCAGCAAGGUGUAGCUGCUACUUUUACUAGAGACUAUCAUUAUGUUGUAUUUGGUGCACCAGGGACUUAUAACUGGAAAGGGGUGGUUCGUGCAGAGCAAAAGAAUCAAACGUUUUAUGCUUUGGAUAUCUUUGACGAUGGGCCUUAUGAAGUUGGUAGUGAGAGUCGCCGAGCUGAGAAUCUAGUUCCUGUUCCAGCUAACAGUUAUUUAGGUUUCUCUUUGGACACUGGUAAAGGUAUUGUUUCCCAAGAAGAGACAACUUUUGUAUCAGGUGCACCAAGAGCCAACCACAGUGGAGCUGUAGUUCUGCUGAAAAAAGAUACUCAGAUUCCGAGAGCACUCUCGCUUGUGCAUAUAUUUGAAGGAGAAGGGCUGGCCUCUUCUUUUGGCUAUGAUGUUGCAGUUGUGGACCUCAACAAUGAUGGUUGGCAAGAUAUUGUUGUUGGAGCCCCACAGUAUUUUGACCGAGAUGGAGAAAUUGGGGGUGCUGUGUACAUCUACAUUAACCAACAAGGCAAAUGGGAAGGGGUAAAGCCAAUUCGCCUCAAUGGAACCACUGAUUCGAUGUUUGGUAUUGCAGUUGAAAAUAUUGGUGAUAUUAAUCAAGAUGGAUUCCCAGAUAUUGCAGUGGGGGCACCAUAUAAUGAUUUUGGCAAGGUGUUCAUAUAUCAUGGAUCCAAGAAUGGAAUAAAUACAAAGCCAGCACAGAUUCUUGAUGGCAAAAAAUCCAGUGUUCAAUAUUUUGGUUAUUCUAUUACUGGAAAUAUGGAUCUUGAUAGAAACUCCUACCCUGAUAUUGCUGUUGGGUCACUUUCAGAUUCUGUCUCUGUUUACAGAUCCCGGCCUGUUAUAAGCGUUAAGAAAAGCAUCAGGAUAUCUCCUGACAAAAUUGACCUGAAUAGACAGACCUGUUCGGAACCCAGUGGAAUCUGCAUGGAUGUUGAAGCAUGUUUUGAAUAUAUUGCUAACCCCAAGGACUUCAAUCCAAACAUAAAACUUAACUAUACUUUUGAAGCAGAAAAUGACAGGAGGCGGUUAGGCCUGCCAUCUCGAGUUCAGUUUUUUAAGCAACUGUCUGAUCAGUGGAUUGGAAGUAUAACUCUAGAAGGACAGAAUAGAAAACAAUGUGUGAAAACUUCUCUCGUGAUGCAGGAAAAUAUCAAAGAUAAACUACGUCCGAUUCCUGUAUCGGUUGGCGUUAAAAUCAGCAGCUCAGAAUCCAGUUUACCAUCAAAGAGAAGACAAGGAAGAUCACUUCCAGAUCUUGUUCCAAUUCUAAAUUCAAACGAACCAGAAACAGUGAACGCAGAAGUGCAGUUCUUAAAAGAAGGAUGUGGAGAGGACAACAUAUGUAAUAGCAACCUAAAACUUCAGUACAGAUUCUGUACCAGAGAAGGAAAUGAAGGCAGAUUUGCUUAUUUACCAAUUGAGAACAAUGUUCCGGUGCUUGUCCUCAAAGAUCAGAAGGACAUUGCUCUAGAAAUAACUGUGACAAAUAAUCCAUCAGAUGCAAAAAAUCUCCAAAAAGAUGGUGAAGAUGCUCAUGAAGCUAAACUAGUUGCAACUUUUCCAGAUAGCCUGACCUACUCUUCUUUCAGAGAGCUGAGGGCUUAUCCUGAAAAACAACUAACUUGUGGUGCCAAUCAAAACGGUUCUCAAGCAGAGUGUGAACUUGGAAAUCCCUUCAAGAGAAAUUCCAAUGUAACCUUUUAUCUGAUUUUAAGUACAACUAAAGUUAACGUUCAGACAACUGAUUUGGAUGUUCAUCUGAAAUUGGAAACAACAAGCAAUCAAGUUAAUUUGGCUCCAAUUACUGCUACAGCUAAAGUGGUUAUUGAAUUGCUUUUGUCACUCACUGGAGUUGCUAAGCCUUCCCAGGUGUACUUUGGAGGUAACGUAAUUGGUGAGAGUGCUAUGGAAUCUGAAGAUGAUGUUGGAAACAUAAUAGAAUAUGAAUUCAGAAUAACUAACUUGGGUAGACCACUUAAAACAUUUGGCACAGCUUCCUUGGACAUCCAGUGGCCAAAAGAAAUCAGCAAUGGGAAAUGGCUGCUUUAUUUGAUGAAAGUGGACUCCAAAGAAUUGGAGAAAAUCCCUUGUGAACCUCGAAAUGAAAUAAACUCUUUGCGACUUAAGGAGUCCCAGAGGUCAAGAAGGAAGCGUGAAGUUGCAGAGAAGCAGACUAAUAAUGGCCAAAAAAUGUCUUUAUUUUCAGAAAGAAAAUAUAAGACCCUGGACUGUAAUGUGAAUGCACACUGUGUGAAUAUAAAAUGUUCCUUGCAAGGCUUGGACAGAAUGGCAUUGAUUGUACUGCGUUCAAGACUGUGGAAUAGUACCUUUUUAGAGGAAUAUUCUACGCUGAACUAUUUAGACAUCCUUGUUAGGGCUAAAAUCAGUGUUCCUGCUGCUGCUGAAAACAUUAAGCUCACAAAUGAAGUUGCUCAAGUGCGACUUACUGUUUUUCCUGCAAAGACAGUAGCACUUCAUACAGGAGUGCCUUGGUGGAUCAUCUUGGUGGCCAUUCUUGCUGGAAUACUGAUGCUUGCACUAUUGGUGUUUUUACUAUGGAAGUGUGGUUUCUUCAAGAGAAAUAAGAAAAAUCAUUAUGAUGCCACAUAUCACAAGGCUGAGAUCCAUACUCAGCCAUCUGAUAAAGAGAGGCUUACUUCUGAUGCAUAGUAUUGAUCUACUUCUGUAAUUGUGUGGAUUCUUCCAGCGCUCCAGGUACGACGACAGUGUCCCCCAAUACCAUGCUGUAAAAAUUCGGAAAGAGGAGCGACAGAUCAAAGAUGGGAAACAUAAAGAGAAUCUUGAGAAAAAAGAAUGGAUUACAAAAUGGAAUGAAAAUGAAAGUUACUCAUAGGGAGAAAUUUCCCCCUCAACUCCAAAUUCAGAUUUUAAUAUUUCUUCUUUAAUGGAAUACUGAUGGACUCAGACCUACAUACCAUAUGGACCUAUAUUUUUGAAUGUAGAUAUUUUUACUUAUAGUGAAGCUUUUGUUUUGCACAGCUAAAUUUAAGAUUGCUUGACUGAUUUUAUCUGCAUUAUUUAAACUUCCAGAUAGAGACAAGGAGCAAAAUUGGUGCAUUGAACUGAGCAUUCUAUGAAAUAAAUAUGCACAUUAAUGUCACAAAAGGGUCCUUUUCUGCAUUCCUGAAGUCAAUGGAUUUGUGAGGAAUGCAGGAUCUGGUCCCAAAUAUAUUCUCCAAACUUCUAUCACAAUAUGCAAUCUAUUAUAAACACACUGUAGCCUUGACACACUUUAUUCAAAUAGAAUUUGGGGAAAUCUGUGAAUGUGCUAUUCUUGUCAUAAGACUCUGCAGCUAUGAGGGCUUAACCUAAAGUGUCUUAAAUUAAAUGUGCAAUAGGUCAUGUUGCUAUGUUUCUCACACCAAAUACACACAGGUUUUUUAAAAAAAACUUGAAGAUUAGUUGUACGUUUUUGUAUAUAUUAUUUCUUGUAUUUAUUUUUUUAUCAGCAGCCAUUUGUCUUUGACUAAUUAGGCCAAAGACUUUAAGUGAACUUUAAAAAUUGGUAUGGAUGUUUUUAAAUAGGAUAUGAAAGUCCAGUUAGACGUGAAGCUUUCACUGCAUUUAAAGAGUGCCAGUGCUUUUUUUAAAAAUGUAAAAUUUCAGUCACUGACAUCCUUGAAAUAUAAACAUUCAUGCCAGUAGUUUGUGGGGGCAUUUUUUCUUAUUUCUAUUUAUGCAGCAGGAUUUAGUAAAGAUGGACAAAUUGGUGAGAGUCCAGAGGAGAGCAACAAAAGAUAAAAUGUUUAGAAAACCUGACUUAUGAGCAACAGGUAUAUAUAAACAAAGCCUGGGCAUGUACUUAGUUUUGAGAAAAGAAGACUGAGUGGGGAACCUAAUAAUAAGUCUUCAAAUGUUAAAAGCUGUUGUAAAGAGAACAAUGAUUAAUUGUUCUUUGUCCUCUGAAGGCAGGGCAAAGAACAAUGGGCUUAAUCACAGCAAGGAAGAUUGAGGUUAGAUAUUAGGACAAAAACACACACUUUCUAAUUAUAAGGAUAGUUAAGCUCUAGAAUAAGCUUCCAUGUGAGGCUAUGGAAUCCCCUCAGUGGGGGAUUUUAAGAACACCGGCAAGGCAUGGUCUAGGUUUGACUUUGAGGCCCCUUGCAGCCCUUCAUUUCUAUUACUAAUUAUGUUCCUGUAACAUAAUGUGGGUGUUGAGAAUAUUUCAAUUUUAUUUUGUACAUCCAAAAUGUAGAGGUUUUUCUAUCUAAUUUUUAUACUUAAUACAAAAAGUGAAAGGUGCUUCUGGAAACAAUUUUCCAGCUCCGUAUGGAUUUCAUGUUUAGAGAAAGGUGUGUCUACUACUGAAAAUGUUUUAUAGCACUUGAAAGAAAAGAAUAGAUCUGCGCUGAUCCCUUUUGAGACUACUGAGUGAUGUCCUAAAUAUAUCUAAAUGUAAAUUGUAAGAAUAGUGCCACAAUGUUGUGCUGCUCAGUAACCUAAUUGUUGUAACAUAAGAGCUAUUUAAAGAGAGUUUAUUGGGUCUUUUAAUCUACAUUCUAAAAUGUUGGUACUAUUUAAAUAAGAAUUAAGAUUUCUUAUUCCAUAUAAAAUGCUAAUGAAGUGUGUGCAUAAUUGCUUUGCAUAGGGAUGAGAAUUAUGCAAAAACUUGUAAAAGUAUUUUCUUUACAAGCUGCUGACUUUACCUUCCCCCCGCCCCCCAAAGUUCAUUGUUCUAAUGCAGACUGCUAGAGUGACUGAAGCAAGCAACACUGGUCACCAAUUGUGUGGGUGGGUUUUGUUUUGUACUAUUCGUUUCUUUCCUUCAGUCAGGCUUUUUGAAGCUUUAUUUCUUUAAAAAUGUUAUUUUAGAAGCUACAUUCUUGUGCUUCAAGGUUAACAGGUCCCAUGUAUAAUUUCCUCCCCAAUCUCAUACUUCCAAAAUUACAUUGUGACCUGUUUUGCAACGUGUGUACACAUAGCUGUUUACUACAUAAUGUCAGUCUGUCUCCCUAAUGAGUUUAAAAUUCCAGCUCCUUUUCCCAGCAGCUCAAAACCCCAAGAAACCGAACUCAUCAGUUGCUAAGAAAUGGGAAUUUUGAGACUGUGGCAGCCCUUGUUAAAACAUAUGGUUACGUAUAGGGCACCCUCUUACUAUAAAGAGCAAAAUAAUAGAUGUCUUGGUAGUGUAAAAUUUAGGACUAUUGAAAAUAUCAUCUCAUGUCCUGUCACUGGUAUGCUAUCCUCUCAUAUACGCAACUAGCAAUGCUAAAUCAUUCCAGGAUUAGAAAUUAUCUGUGGAUAUUUGUAUAAAAAAUAUUUUUUUAAAUUAAAAUACACAUUGCCUUUAUUUCUUACAGGACGAAUUUGUUAAACAUAAAAAACAUUAGCAACUGAGUUUCUGUAAGUGGUGCUUAGAUUUCACAGCUCACCAAUGUGUUAUAACUAAACCCAGCCUGCUCUAUAUGUAAUUUUCAGCAUGAAUUAAAGUGAGAAAUAGAAACUA